GCCACAGGAAGCUUGUGAGCUGCAGACUGCUCAUUAUCUCCAUGGCUGCUGAUGAGAGUCGACAGGAGCCGAACCUGCCCGAAAUGAGCCAUCUCUGUGCAAAGGAAGGAUGUGCGUUCGUGCUCAUGAUAUGUCCAGUUGAUUAACACAGGGUCGCUCAUCGGGUUGUUGUCAGCAGUUAAGAACGUAUUCUCUUUACGUAAUAUUUUUCCCCCCAAUUAUGCACAGGGUAUAUUGAUGCCGCGUGGACCAGGAUUAUUUUGACGAGGAGAUCUCUAGUGCUCUCCCCUCCUCCCCACAUCCGCUGUUGUCCUCAACAGCAGACGCACGGACUCAUUCAGACUGGGAAUAUUUGUCUGGAGCACCGUUGUAAAGAGGCGAGGAGCCGUUUUAAUCAAAUACAACAUCUCUCCAUCAUAGGUUGAAGCCUUCAGUCAGCAAAUGCCCAGGAAUCGUCCAACUGCUCCUCCCUGUUGUUCUCUGAGAAUGGGAUCGUAGUAAACCUCUCUGGGAUUUAAAUAAACCGCUAGCAUGUUGCAGCCUUCCACCAGAACAGGUGACUGCCUGUUGGAAACAUUACCUCAUUGGAGAAAGCGUCAAAGCUGGGUCCUCUCCUUGACUCUUUGCAUGGCUCUCCUCUGGCUUCCAGGGGCAACGGCAUCAACCCUUAACUGCCACAAGACAUGCAUCUGCGCCUCAAACAUAGUGAGCUGCUCUAAGAUGAAUCUGACUUACGUCCCGACAAGUAUACCACUCUACACUGUUGUGCUGGAUAUCAGCUACAAUGAGAUAGAACGGCUGCGAUCUGACUGGACCCCGAUCAAACUCCCGAAGCUCCAUAACCUCCUCCUCAGCCAUAAUGGUCUCAACUUCCUUUCUUCAGAGGCUUUCAUAAAUGUGAAGCAACUACGUUACUUGGACCUGUCCUCUAACAACCUGGAACUGCUGGAUGAGUUCAUCUUUGAGCCUUUGGUCAACCUGGAGGUCCUCUUGCUGUACAAUAACCACAUUUCCCAGAUUAACCGCGCAGCCUUUAUCAGCAUGAUCAAACUUCAGAAGCUCUACCUUAGCCAGAACCAAAUCUCCCGUUUUCCAGCGGAGCUGGUAAAAGAAAAGUCCCGCCUAGAGAACCUUAGUCUGCUGGAUGUGUCCUCCAACAAAAUCAAGAUAUUACCCAUUGAAGAGCUCCAGGAACUGCCUGCCUGGAUUAAAAAUGGCCUCUACUUUCACAAUAACCCUCUGCUGUGUCACUGUGAUCUCUACACACUCCUCGCCCAUUGGUACAUUCGAAAGCUCAACUCUGCAGUGGACUUUAAAGAGGAAUACACGUGUAUUCUGCCUGGCCCUCAAAAAAUCAAAGUGGGUGUUUUUGAACUCAGCGGUGAUCACAUGAACUGCAGCACAUUCAAGGAGGCGGAUGAAGAAGCAUUUCUGGAGCAGAGGCUGAUCCUUGGCUGUGAUACCAAACACAAGAACAUGGUAAAGACCUGGAUUAUGCCUGGUAAUGUCGUGGUAAAGCCUGGAAGCAACCAAACUGCCAAAGUGGUGCAAGAUGGAAAGUUGCAGAUUAAUCCGGUGAGGAACGAGGACUCUGGGACUUACACUUGCUUUGCGACAAGCGCUGCCUUCAAUGAAACAAUCUACGUGGUGCUGAAGGUCCACAACUUUACCAUGAACGGGAUUGGGGACUCCCUGAACACAGCUUACACAACCUUAGUGGGCUGUCUGGCCAGUGUGGUGCUGGUGCUUAUGUAUCUUUACCUGACGCCGUGUCGCUGCUUCUGCUGCCCCAAUAAAGGAAAGACGCGGGGUGAGGACAGCAUCCACUCGUCCAUGCUCAGUGUGACACCGACCCAUGACGACCCAGCGCUGAAGGCCGAUCUAAACAGGCAUGUGGCAUUCAUAGACUCCAAGGACUUGCAGGGCCAGAACGGCAAGCUAAACCCCAAUGGGGAUGGGGAUGAUGAUGAGGAUGAUAUGGAUGCAGAGGCUGGUUCUCUUAUGAAGGGGAAGAGGAAGAAGUCAGUAGCAGAGUCCAUAAGCUCCGUCUUCUCAGACACUCCAAUGGUGGUCUGAGGUGUUACCGGCAAUGACGAUGGAUGCUACGACUGGGGGUAUAUGGUACAACAUUAGCCAUGUUUUAGUUAAUAUAGACAGUAACUGUGACUUUGGCAGAGAAAACAAAGAAGGCUUUUCAUCUGUAGUUGCUGGCAAGUGGAAAUAAGGAUUUUAAAGGGAGUUUUUAAAAAAAAACUGUCCUGUUGUCAAGAAGUACAAGAAGCAGGACUUUUCCAGCAUUUUAAUCUGUAGCACCUAAUAUUCAUACUGUGAAGGAAUGGCAGUGUACAUGGAGAUUGGAAACUAAUGAAGUCUUAUGAGAGUGAAAUGUAGGUGAUAUAUUGUCAAUAUAAGCACUCAGGAAGUGAUCCAUUAAACUGCGUGUGGAAAAUACAUGUGAUACAAUGCAAAGGUUGAAAGUGGACCCAUUGCUGGCUCAUACUUAUUAUUAUUACAAAGACUAGAAUAGAUUGCAUCUUACCUAAACAUUAGAGCAUAGACCUCUGUUUACCACUCUUCUAUUAACACAGGGACAGAGACUCAGAUAGGGCACCGUCACAAGGCUGUGAGUACAUCUAUCUUUAAACUUGAGUCAUCUAUAGAGGAACUGCAUGCCAUAACCCCACAUUACAGGUCCCUAACCAAUCUGUAUGUGGGUAAAUAAAAUGUGCAUUCAUUGGAAGUUUAGUCAUUUGUAUUAAAAAAAAGUAGUAGCACAAACAUUAAAUCAAGCAGGUAAUUUCCACUGUACUUCAUAGCUGAUACCUGCAAUGUACUAAGAUAUACUUUGUCAGGCUAAUCUUUAUGCUUUAUUUUGAUCUGAUGUAUAGUCUUUUGUGUAGCGAUGUAGGGGAAAGCAAUUUAGAGGGAUUAAUUGACAUAGAGUAUAGUAUACACCAGUGGUGUAAAGUAACUAAGUAUAUUUAGUCAAGUACUGUACUUAAGUACAAUUCUGAGGCACUUGUGCUUUACUUGAGUAUUUCCAUUUUAGGUUACUUUGUACUUCUACCCCACUACAAUUCAGAGGUAAAUAUUGGACUUUUAUUCCACUUCAUUUACGUCGUAUACCUUUAGUUACUUUUCAGAUUUGGAUAAGGAAAUCAAAUAUGAUCAACACUUAAAUAAGACUUUAAUAACACCUACAUUAAAUUCACCACCUACCCAGCAGUAAAUCAAAUAAUUAAAAUGUGUUCCACCUUUACAAGCUUGUGAGUUUACCACCACAGGUAUAAACUAGUUAGCCAGCUCGAGGCAGCUCACUGCUUAUGAGAAAAUUGUGCAUCAAAUGAGUUUUCCUAACAAAACAAAAACCUUACAGAAUUAAAUACGCCUAAGGCAGACACUCAAGCCAAAACGCUUCUUGGUUAAAUUUGAUUUUUAUUCUGAAUGUAAAAUAUGCACCUUAUUCAAAACCCUGAAUAUUAUAAUGUACAUUGCUUAAAAAAUAAAUUAGGAAAACACUUUAAGUAUUCAUAUCAUAAAUUAUGUAGUAGAUUUAAAUAUUGAAUUUAGCAUUUUGCAUAGCUGCAAGAUUACAAAUGUUUUUGUCCCGUGGUAGGUAGAACAAUCUGUAUGUGGUAUUAACAGGUAAAGAUGCCAAAUAAUAAAACCCUCAGAGUACAGGAUACUUUGAGUAAUUCAGAUGCUACACGAGAGAGAUUAUUUUGAGUUUCAAGUUACUGACAACAAACUCUUGUAAAACAGAAGGCACAUGUUCCUUCAGAAAAUAACUUAUAAAAAUAACUGAAUUUAUAGUAAAGCGCAUUUUCUAAGCAAGACACCUUGUAUGCUAUGCAUAUUACAUUAACUAGGUUUUAAACAGGCAACAAGAAAGUGGGAUUAAACUGUGCAGUGUUUGUGUCGUAAUACAGUGCUGGCCCGGCGUAAAUGCUAAUUGCAUCUUUUGAUGGGAUGCGGCUUCCCAUGUCUUUGUCUCUGUGAGCAGGAGGGGAUAGGUGUGUUAUCAUGAGUCACAGCAACACAAAGCCAUUCUCUGUGGCUCCCUGUUCACUGACAGCCUCGAUUCAGCUCAGAAUGUGUUAGCUUCGUUUGUGUACCUUUUGUGUGUUUGUCAUUACAAGGCUGCCCUCGCUGAAGUUCAAAAGCAAUCAUUUAAACAGGCAGUGAAUGGGAUGCCCUUUAAGUAGUCUCUAAUUUGGUUACGAGGCAAACGCCUGGAGCUUUUAUUAAACAUGUUGUCCACCACUGACUCUUAUGAUUGGAAAAAUAUAAUAUUAGAACUUGGAAAUAAUAGUGUUUGAAUUUAUUUCUGUGUGCGGUUUAGUUUCCCACUCUAACACUACAGCACAAAUAAGAACAGAUUGGUAUGUUAAUUCACAUACAUAUUGCAAAUAAAUGUCAGAAUAGCUCUCAAAUGGUAAAAUUCACAAGCGGAAUACGUUUUUACGCAAAAUUGAUGUUAUAUUCACGGUUGCAGUGUGCAACUCAGGAUCUGCUGUGAGUGGGUGAGAAAAGGAAGUCACACUUAUCAUAGAGGUGGUGCGUGAAUCAUGCCACUCUCGCACACCAGGUGGAAAAACAUCAAAUAUACCACAAGACGCAUUAAAAUAAAGCCACAUUUAGCCCUUCUGCUGGCAGGCUGAAAUUGGCAAAGAAUCUCGCUCGCUUUUAGGGAUCGAACACCUGAGUAUUUCCCUCUAUAGUUAAAGUGUUCUGUCCCUUCUUUCUCAUCAUGGGCUCAGUAUAAAACAUCUUGGAAUUCAAACCAUGGCCACUCAAAGCUGCAUGAGGAUCUACUAGAUGGCAGUCACAUUAUCUCAAAUGAGACACUAAAAUGAUGCAGAGAUGGCUGUUGAAGAGCCCACAUUGAGCUGGCAGACCAUUAAAGAAAAAUGUGUUUGCCCAGCAAAAAAACAAUGUCAAUUGAGUUAAAUCUGCUGUAGUCAAUGUCACUUACACUGCAAGUUGCAUGUGUGUACAAAGAAAACUAAGUGCUAUUGGUAAGGUCGUAACAUAGAGGAAACGAGUGGCUUUGUUCUCUCCAAAGCAAAUCUGCCUCCCUAUAUAUAUCUAUAUAUACAGUAUAUAUAUGUAUUAAGACUCAUUUUUCUGUGUUCAGUAUUAGUUAGUUGUGUACUGCUAUGUUCUACCGGUAUACUGACUGUGUUCUUGUAUAUUCUAAUGUUGUUGAUCAUUUAGCAUUACGUCCGCUGCUGUUAAUUGUUUCAACAUUCAAGUCUGGACCAUAAAUGUUCUUUUUUAAGCGGGGUGGGUUUUCAUUUUUUUAAUGACAUAGGAUGUAUUUUACACUUAACUCUGCUUAACAAUAUAGUUAAACAGAAAAUAUAUAUUGAACAUGUAUCAAAAACUAUAAGAGGAGGGCCAGUUUUGAAUUUGUUGAUAUCUCCAAAUGGGCAGUGAGUAUGUAGCCACCAGUUAUUUUCAGUCAGCAUCAAAAAGCCAUAAGGUAUUCAAAGAGAACGCAGAGCUUUAUCAGAUUGGUGGCUGUGUCAGGUGAUGUAAAGAGUUGUAGGGUUAGUUAUCAAUGGGGUACUUUCCAACCAUUACAGCAACAACUGUAGAGGCAAAACAUAUUUUUUAUAAAAGCCACCAAUGUAGAGAAAAAUCAAGAGACCCAUUCAAAUACACCAAUGAAUUCUUCAAAUACAAUGGGUUCUGAAUGGAUAUGAAGACAUAGGGCAAAGAAAUCUUCUCAGGACCGUUUCAGUUUCUAAUGUAUUGUGAUGCAUGAAUGUUUUCACAUUUGCAGCAUCAGUAGAACAACAUCUUCAGAUCUCUACAGUUCACAGGCCCUUUGCAUUAACUGUUCGCUAAAUGAUCACUUAUCAUAAAUUAGAGAAUUAGAAAAAGGAGUGGUCUCUGCCCGAAAAACAUCUAUCUCUGUUCUUCUGAUUAUGUAGUAGCAAUUACGGAAACAUCCUUGAAGUUGUGAAGUUAAAUCGUGUGCUGCCUUAACAGCGUGCAACUACAACAGUCCACAGGAAAUGGAUGGAGCUUUUAAACGCAUUAAAAGCACUGAGUUGUUGACCACUGCUUCAAAAGACAAGCUGGUGGGCCACUGCCCUAAUAUCAGAAAGGUCUCACAGCUAUAGUGGAACGGCUUUGCAUGGUUUGCUUAAGAUCUUCUCUGAAUGCAGGAUAGGUGCAACCUAGAAGGCAUUAAAGAUAAAGAAUACUGAUCAUUUGACCUAAUAAAAAGAUCUACACUUUU